AGGCAGGAAACAAACCCUGGGCAGGGCGCCAGCCCACCGCAGAUAGUUUGAACUCAAAAAAAAAAUGAAGCGAGUCAAGACACAUGAUCCAGGAAGGAGGCAGUGCAACUGUCAUCAGCAGGGGAAAUCCUGAUUUGGCGCUGUGCCAGUGUCUUGCUUUGGCAGGCGAAUCGGAAACGGUUUACUGCGACAAUGCCAAAACGAGCAAAGAAGAAUGAGGAAGCCCUGGGCGACUCUGAAAAGCAGAGUGAAACAGGGCCAGAAAAGAAACGGGGCAAGGCAGCAAAGGAACCUGAAGCUCCAAUACUGUAUGAGGACCCCCCAGACAAAUUGGUCUCUGUGGAGGGAAAGGCUGCCAACCUGAAAAUCACAUCCUGGAAUGUGGAUGGUCUGCGGGCUUGGGUUAAGAAGAAUGGUCUGGAGUGGGUUCGGAAAGAGGAUCCAGAUGUCUUCUGUAUUCAGGAGACUAAAUGUGCAGAGAAGGCUCUGCCGGCUGAAAUAAAAGACAUGCCAGAGUAUCCUCACAAAUACUGGGCUUGCUCCGAGGACAAGGAGGGUUACAGUGGUGUGGCCAUGUUGUGCAAGGUGAAGCCUCUCAACGUUAGCUAUGGAAUAGGUAAGGAGGAGCAUGACAAAGAAGGACGUGUGAUAACAGCGGAGUUCCCUUCUUACUUCCUAGUAACUGCCUAUGUUCCUAAUGCCAGCCGAGGACUAGUCAGGCUGGGUUACCGUCAAACCUGGGAUGUUGAUUUCCGGGCUUACCUGAAAGACCUGGAUCAACGCAAACCACUUAUCCUGUGUGGUGAUCUCAAUGUAUCUCACCAGGAGAUUGAUCUGAAGAACCCAAAAGGCAACAAAAAAAAUGCCGGCUUUACACCUGAAGAGCGGGAGGGCUUCUCGGCGCUGUUGGCAGAAGGGUUUGUAGACAGCUUUAGACACCUCUACCCAGAGCAACAAUAUGCCUAUACUUUCUGGACCUACAUGAUGAAUGCUCGCAGCAAGAAUGUAGGGUGGCGCCUGGACUACUUUGUGUUAUCCCGCACACUUCUCAGUGCUUUAUGUGACAGCAAGAUUCGAGGCACUGCUAUGGGUAGCGAUCACUGCCCUGUUACCCUGCUGCUAGCUCUGUGAACAAACGUGCAAAUACAGGGCCGCCAUUUAGAACCUCCAGGCUUGCAGUAGAGAUGUGUACCUGAGUGGCAUGAGGUUGAUGAUAACAUGGUGGAGCUGUAAUAUACUUAGGAUUAGGUCUCAUGGGGUUUUGUAGCUAAGUGGACUGGGAUUGGCACCUAGGGCCUGUUGUGUUAGUGGUUGAUACUGAACAGAGCCUGUGAGAAACAUAUCUGAAAGUUAUUGUACAUAAUUACAUAGGUGGGGGAGAGGUGGUAAUCAUGAGGGACUUCCUGGGUGCAAUGUCUGUAUUGUAACUUCCACUUAGUUUUUAGAAUUGUUGCAGUGUCUACUUUUCUGCAUUUGACAAAGACCGCAAUUAUCAGCCAUUAAUGAACGAAAGUUAAUUGCCAUUAUGUGGUUUGUGCUUUUCAUGGGGUUUUCUUUUUGUGUGGGAAACAAUAUUUUAAGUAUAAGCUAAAUGGAAAAAAUAUCAAAGGCAUUAAUAAAAUUUGUACAAAUUAACUGGUA